CGUCACUUCAAUCUUUUCUUUUCCUCUUCAAUACUUUGAUUUUUUUCUCUAUCCCUCUACCCUCAUCCAAACAGGACGUGCCAUGUCCACCGACAGCCCCAUCGUCAAUGGGUAUACAACUCCCCCUGCGGCGGGGUUGAGCAAUCUCGCCCUGACGGAGUACACCGCCGCUCCGACGCCUCAGCCCGAGACCGAGAACCGGAUCCUCGGACUCCCCAACAACUGGGGGAUUCCCGACAGUUUUAUUCUUCCCAAUGGGUAUCCGGAUUACCUCCGUCUGAUCCUGACGUCCCGGGUCUACGAAGUGAUCAACGAGUCUCCCCUGACCCACGCGGUCAAUCUCAGCAAUCGCUUAGAAUGUCGGGUGCUUCUGAAGCGGGAGGACCUGCUCCCCGUGUUCAGUUUCAAGCUGCGCGGGGCCUACAAUAAGAUGGCGCACCUGACCAACGAACAGUGCUGGAAGGGCGUCAUCGCAUGUUCUGCAGGAAAUCAUGCGCAGGGAGUUGCAUACUCUGCGCGCAAGUUGAAGAUCCCCGCCACCAUCGUCAUGCCGUCGGGCACCCCCGCCAUCAAGCACCUGAACGUCGCUCGUCUGGGGGGCAGCGUCGUACUCCACGGCGACGAUUUUGACGCCGCGAAAGAGGAAGCGCACCGUCGGGAGAAACAGCACGGUUUAACAAGCAUCCCCCCCUUCGAUGACCCCUAUGUGAUCGCGGGACAGGGCACGAUCGGCAUGGAGGUUCUGCGACAGGCAAAUCUCCAGAAGCUGGAGGCGAUCUUCUGCGCCGUGGGCGGUGGCGGCCUGAUUGCCGGCUUGGGUGUCUACGUGAAGCGGAUUGCCCCUCAUGUGAAGGUCAUCGGUGUGGAAGCGCACGAUGCCAACGCCAUGGCGCAGUCGCUGACCGCUGGGGAGCGCGUGUUCUUGAAGGAUGUGGGACUCUUCGCCGAUGGCGCCGCGGUCAAAUCGGUGGGAGAAGAGCCGUAUCGGCUGUGCCGCGAGGUCAUCGACGAGAUCGUCCAGGUGUCGACCGAUGAGACCUGCGCUGCGAUCAAGGAUGCGUUCGAGGACACGCGCUCGGUCAUCGAGCCGGCCGGUGCUCUCGCCCUGGCGGGUCUGAAGAAAUACGUGUCCCUGAACCCCAGCCCGGACACCAACCGGGAGCUGGUGGCCAUCGCCUCCGGGGCCAACAUCGACUUUGACCGACUGCGGUUCGUGGCCGAGCGGGCAGCGCUGGGUGAGCGCAAGGAGGCCCUGCUGAGCGUCAGCAUCCCCGAGAGGCCAGGUGCGUUCGCCAAACUGGUCGAAGUGGUCCUCCCGCAUGCGGUCACGGCCUUCAGCUACCGUUACGCCGGUGCCGAAUCGGCCGACGUCCUGAUGGGUAUCUCGCUGUCGGCCUUGACCGGUCGGGACGACCUAGCCAAGAUCAUCAAAGAGCUGGCCCGGUGCGGGAUGGAAGCGAAGGACCUGAGCGACGACGAGCUGGCCAAGAGACACUUGCGCUUCCUGGUCGGCGGCCGCGCCGACGUGCCCGAUGAACGACUGUUCAUGUUCGAGUUCCCCGAGCGUCCCGGGGCGCUGGCCAAGUUCCUGACCACCCUCCGACCCCACCAGAACAUCUCGCUGUUCCACUACCGCAACUACGGCGGCGAUGUCGGCAAGGUGCUGGCGGGCAUCCAGUGUCCGAGCGUCGAGAAGACGGAUCUCGAGUCUUUCCUCAACGACCUUGGCUAUCCGUUUAGCGAGCACACGGACUCACCCACGUACCGCACGUUCCUCCGUUCUUGAGAACACCCGGGCGUUCGUUUCCCCUAGGCAAGAGUUGGGCGGUUAAUGCUUCGGCAAAUUUAAAAUUAUCGGCGUUUGGGUUAUAGCGUCCUACACCGGGUGAUAGAUAGACUUUUGGCGCGAGAUGUCCGUAUAUGUAUUAGUUAAUUCCUGUGAUCAUUCAGCUAGUAUUCAAUGUUUAUCAAGGCCUGUCAUAAUGUGACUGGCUUGCAUAGC